AUGAACACUUCUUCUUCUGCAUCUUCUUGUUUAAAGAAUUUCGAUUGGAUUUCAAAUUAUGGACCAUCAUUUAUUAUACCAGCAUCAAAUUUUGAUGUUCUCUAUGAACCAUGUGAUUUUUUUCAAGAAUUAAAUAAACUUUUUGCUAAUGCAAAAAAUCGUAUUUACAUAUCAUCAUUGUAUUUUGGUACUGAUCCAUAUGAAUAUAAACUGAUUGAUUCAAUACGAACAGCACUUGAUAAAAAUCCAUCUCUACGUCUAGUUGUAUUACUCGAUCAUUUACGUGGUCUUCGUAUUGAUAAUCAUAAAGAAAAAACAACUUCAAAAACAAUGUUUCUACCUUUAAUUGAACAAUAUUCAUCACAAGUUGAUUUUUAUCUUUUUCAUACACCACUUCUUUAUGGUUUUCUACGACAAAUAUUACCAACACGAAUUAAUGAAUCAUGGGGUGUACAACAUAUGAAAAUUUAUAUUGGAGAUAAUAAUUUAAUUAUAAGUGGUGCUAAUUUAAAUAAAACUUAUUUUGAUAAUCGACAAGAUCGAUAUUUAAAAUUAAAUAAUUGUUCAAAUUUAUGCAAAUUUUUCAUUGAUAUUAUUGAAACAAUAGCAAAACAAUCAUUUAAAAUUGAAAAAAAUCAUGAUCAACCUAUUUUUAUGGGUAAAUAUCAUCCAUAUAAAGGUAAUAAUAAACAAUAUCGUCUUGAAGUUGAAAAAAAUAUUUUAUCAUUAAUAAAAACAUAUCAAAUAAAUUAUUCAAAACCUAAAUUAUUAUUAAAUGAUCAAGUACUUGUUGUACCAUUAAUACAAAUGGGAAUAUUUAAUAUAAAUUAUGAUCGAGAUUUUAAUAUAUAUCUUUAUUCACAUUUACCAUAUAAAUCUAAAUUAUAUUUUGCUACAUCUUAUUUUAAUAUGACAAAAGAAUAUGAAAAAGAAUUAAUUGAUAAUAAACGUCAAGAUACAACAAUUAGUUUAUUAACAGCAUCACCACAAGCUAAUGGUUUUUAUGGUAGUCGUGGUAUAAGUCGUUAUGUACCAGCUGGUUAUACUGAAAAUGAACGUGAAUUUAUUGAAAGAGCAGAAAAAAAAUAUUUUAAUGAUGGACAAAUACAAAUGUUAGAAUAUUAUCGUUCACAAUGGACUUAUCAUGCAAAAGGUUUAUGGUUAUAUGAAGAAAAUCAAGAUAAUUAUCCCAUAUUAACUUGUGUUGGAUCACCAAAUUUUGGUGCACGUUCAAUUCAACGUGAUCUUGAAGCUCAAUUAGUUAUUCUAACAAAUAAUGAAGAAUUACGUGCGAAAUUUCAUCGUGAACGUAUUCAACUAUUUCAAUAUGGAACACUUGUUACAUCUAAUACAUUUAAACAAAUAUCACGUAUUCCACCAUUUUGGGGUCCAUUAUUUAUGAGAAUUUUUCGAAAUUUUUUCUAA